CAGCAGCAAGCCUGCAACGCCGGAUGCUUAACCCCGAGGAGAUGGACGCAAGCCUUCGACCUAUGCAUUGCAGAUUCCUCAGGUAUAGCCGACGCUACUGUUGCAUAGCGAAUUCCUCGAUCGGUCUUGGAAGAGAGUGAGUCGAGCAGCAACAGCUCCGGCAGAAGACAUGGACGCCGCCGCCGCCGCCGGCGGCCGCACGUACGAGGACUUCACGCCGCCGUACAGGAUGGUCCGUGAGACACCGGCGCACACCCUCUCCGUCGAUCUCUCCGGCAAAGGGUACAAGAAGGAGCACAUCAAGGUGCAGGUGGUCCACAGCCGCCGGAGGCUGGUGGUGAGCGGCGAGUGCCCCGCCGAGCGGUGGAGCCGCUUCCGGCUGGAGUUCCAGCUGCCCGACGGCUGCGACGACGUGAAGGGCAUCCUCGCGAGGUUCGACAACGGCGUCGUCCGCGUCACCAUGCCGCCGGCGAAGACGGCCGCCGGAUCAUCAGUGGAGCAGCGCCGCUGGUACCGGUCGCUCCUCCAGGAGCGGAGGAAGCUCGCGACCACCCUGUUCGGCGUGCUGCUCGCCCUGCUUAGCUUCGGCAUCUACGUCAGGUACAGCGUCAAGCCAUGAGCGGACACGGCGCAGGCACGCACGGCGCGCCGCCGGCGCGCGCCGUCGUCUUCGCUUGGCUUCUUCCCUGUGGUAGCGACGACGAAGACGAACUGGUGCUUCGUAUGUUUCAUCCAUGUCGCAUUGAAUGAAUGGAAGUGAUGUC